AUGGGGGUGUCGCUUAAUACUCUUGUUUUUGAUAAAGAAGGAUACACUUUGGAUGCUCUUAAUGAAGUUAGUACAUUGUUGGAUGUCGGUGUGCAGACGUUGAUGGUUAAUCUAUACUGGAAUGAGUUUACUCAAAGAUGGCAACUUUGUCCUGCUCCAUUUCCUGCCAACAUAACCGAUGACAUCACAUCGACCAAGGAGUUACAUUGGGAUGAUAAAACGUACGAAUGUGAGGCAUCUUUGACAGUCGACCUGUUGGUCCGAGUAAUCAAUACGUAUCUUGGUGAAACGAAUACCAAUAUCAAGGUAAAUAUGCUCCAAUUGUUGUUUCAUUUGAAGUCGAUACGUAUAGAUCCACCAAAAGAAAACAUGACUAGCACUGAGACCAAAGACUAUAUAUCAAGUUUCCAACCCACCGAUCUGUCUUUUGUUCGCUUGAAUAAUGACACAUUGAAUAAAGCUGUAAGUUCAUUUGGAUCGUCUUUAUUUACACCUUCAGAUUUGUCAUCCUAUAGAAGCUCUGCUUAUCAAAAGCGAGACAAUGGCGGCUUUUACAACGAAACCAGACGAUCAUUUCCAAAUUUAAACACAUUCUUAUUGUUGGACUACAAAAGAGUCGUGACUUCGGUGAUUGCAAAUGACCUUGUUAAGUCCCGUUAUAAUUAUAAUGUUACCAGUAGCGACAAAAAAAAGCUUUUUAUUGAAGGCAGCAGCCUAGACGCUACGAUAGCAUCGCUAUCUGACCCAGAUGAUGUUUUGAAGUGUAAUGAACUCAUUUACAACGACCAGAACAGUAUCCAACUUUACAAUAAUGUGUCCCUAAAAGAACAUUUCCGGAUUGUGGUAGAUAAUAAUAGCACAUCAUUUACCAACGUUACAUUUAGCGAAUUUGUACGGUGUGGGUUCUCUCCAAUAUUAAAUGCCUCAUAUUACAAUGUCUAUGACGACGAAGAAGAUACCAAUGAAACCAGCGGUUCACUCGGUGACAUAAUUGACAAUUUCAUUCCUCUAUCAUUCUGGUCUUGGGCAGAGGACCAACUUAUUGAACCAGACAGAGGGUUGAAUAUGAGUGAUACUACCGACAGCAACGAUGAAGAUAAUGACAAUGCCUAUGAUGUUGACCCGGUUAAACGGGACGUGGAAUAUGAGGACUCCCAUGCUGCCUACAAGUGCGUUGUAUUGGACGAAAAUGGAUGGAAAGUGUCAGACUGCUACAGCAAGCAACCAGUUGCAUGCCAGAAAUCUGGCUCCCCCAACAACUGGCAUAUUGAUGUGAAAAACAAACAGGCAUAUUUUACAGCCUACAGGCCCGAUAGCUGUCCUGAUGACUAUUAUUUUGGUACUCCGCUGCUGAGUAUCGAAAUGGUAGCGUUGAUGAACUACAUUGAACGUAAAAAUAUUUCAUACCCAAUAUGGAUUGAUGUGAACGAUAUUACAGUCCCUGAUUGUUUUGUGACGGGUGGACCAUACGCUACUUGUCCUUAUCAAGAGACUGUAACAAAGCUGAAGCUAGUUGGGUUGAUUGCACCUAGUUUUAUUGUAGCAGUUGCUAUAUUGGCCCUCAUAUUUUGCGAGAAACUAUUCCGAACAAAUCCGAUACAAACAAAUAGAAAAAGACAUUGGAAGAAGGCCAUUAACGAGUACGUUCAGAAGUACGACUACGAAGGGGUUCCAUCAUGA